AUGCAGUUCUUCAAGAUCCAGCUUUUCACUCUCCUGGCCGCCGUCGGCAGCAUGGCCAGCAGCGUCGCGCCCGUCGACUCCCUUUCGCUCCCGCUCACCGAGGCCGCUCCCCCGGCCGAGUCUGCUGCUGCACCCGCCGCCCCCGCUGCGGCCACUGACGCCCCUGGCCCCGAUUACCUCGCCCCCUCCAACACAAUCUCCCUCGGUCUGUUUGGUUCGAAGAUCGAGCCCAAGAAGAAUGCUACCCUGGGCAUUGUCAUUAAGAACUGCGAGGCCAGGACCACCAAGGUCGAGUGCGAAAAGAUCUUUUCCGGCUGCAAAUGGCUCCGUGCCUCGGCCUACUGUGUCGACAAAUAA